GUUUAGGAGGGCGGGGAAAGGGGCAGGAAGUGGUUUCUGUCCUACGAAUCUGAAGUCAUAUUUUAACUCAAUUUACCCUCCUCGCGGAAGUAACCAAGUUUGUGUCUUACACAACUUAUUUUUCCUUCUACUGUCUGUCGCCCAUAUGACAGAAAGGACAGUGGCUUUGUUUUAAACUGAGGAUACUUUGGUCAAAGUCAGUUUCCAUUUAUUUUGCUUUUAGAACAAAGUAUUUGGGUUUCAACGUUUUUUGUUUGGUUGGUUUUGUUGUUUUGUUUUUUGUCUUUUUAAAGAUAAACACUAUCUUUGCCUUUUUGGCUUUUAGAAAAGCUUCAGUCAGCGUCUCUGCUUUAUGCCAACAAGAUAGAGCACAGCCGAGAUCUACCAGCUCCAGACCUCUACCUACAUACCUGGAAAUUCAAGUGUUCUUUUUGGUGGAUGCCGUUUAUUCCUGGCUGGAAGCUGUCGAGACCUCCUACUCCUCAACAUGAAGGAAGCCACAGAGCAUACUAUGGUCAAGCGAGUUGCAGUGAUUGGAGCUGGUGUGAGUGGCCUCUCCUCCAUCAAAUGCUGCUUGGAUGAGGACCUGGAGCCCACCUGCUUUGAAAGAAGUAAUGACAUCGGAGGACUGUGGAAGUAUACUGAGACAUCUACAGAUGGGAUGACCAGGGUCUACAAGUCAUUAGUAACAAAUGUCUCCAAGGAAAUGUCAUGUUACAGUGACUUCCCCUUCCGAGAAGAUUAUCCCAAUUACAUGAAUCAAGGAAAAUUUUGGCAGUAUCUCCAGGAAUUUGCUGAGCACUUUGACCUUUUGAAAUAUAUUCAGUUUAAGACCACCGUGUGCAGCGUAACAAAAUGUCCAGACUUCUCCAUAAGUGGUCAGUGGGAUGUCAUCACAGAGACAGAGGGCAGACAGGACAGAGCUGUCUUUGAUGCUGUCAUGGUUUGCACUGGACAUUUCCUGAAUCCUCGUUUACCUUUGGAGUCCUUUCCUGGAAUCAAUAAGUUUAAAGGCCAUGUCCUACAUAGUCAAGAGUAUAAGAUCCCAGAAGGCUUUCAGGACAAACGCGUCUUAGUGAUCGGUCUUGGGAACACUGGAGGGGACAUUGCAGUGGAGCUCAGCCGAACAGCAGCUCAGGUACUUCUCAGCACUAGAACUGGUACCUGGGUUACUGGCCGAUCUUCACAUGGGGGCUACCCUUUGUCUAUGAUGGCUAUAAGAAGAUCUCAUAAUUUUAUUAAACAAAUGCUACCUUCAUGUGUACUAAAAUGGAUUCAAGAGAGGCAGAUGAAUAAAAUAUUUAACCAUGAGAAUUAUGGAUUAAGUAUUAUAAAGGGGAAAAAAUCAAAGAGAAUUGUGAAUGAUGAACUACCAACCUGUAUCCUCUGUGGGACAGUCACUAUGAAAACCAGCGUGAAGGAGUUUACAGAAACCUCGGCUCUCUUUGAAGAUGGGACAAUGGAAGAAAACAUAGACAUUGUGAUCUUCGCCACAGGAUAUACAUUUUCUUUUCCCUUUCUUGAAGAACCUCUAAAAAGCCUUUGUACAAAGAAGAUAUUCCUAUACAAGAAGGUCUUUCCCUCAAACCUAGAAAAGGCAACAUUAGCUAUCAUUGGCUUCUUUGGCCUUCAAGGAUCCAUCUUACCAGGCACAGAACUCCAAGCACGGUGGGCCACGAGAGUGUUCAAAGGACUCUGUAAGCUACCGCCAUCCCAAAAAUUGAUGGCUGAUGCCACUAAAGUGGAGGAGCUCAUAAAAAGGAACUUGAUUAUAGAUACCAGUGAAGACAAACUCAACUACAUUUCCUACUUGGACGACCUUGCUGCAUGCAUAGGCUCAAAGCCCAAUGUACCACUUUUGUUUCUCAAGGAUCCCAGACUAGCUUGGGAAGUUUUCUUUGGACCAUGUACUCCUUACCAGUACCGUCUAAUGGGUCCUGGAAAAUGGAAUGGAGCCAGAAAUGCCAUCCUGACCCAGUGGGACAGGGCACUGAAGCCCUUAAAAACUCGAGUUGUUCAUGACUCCUCCAAGCCUGCCUCCAUUUCACAUUAUUUAAAAGUUUGGGGGACACCUGUCCUACUUGCCUCUCUUCUACUUCUCUGUAAAUCUUCACUUUGUUGUAAAUUGUUGAGAGAUAACUGCAGGAUAGAAUUUCCCCUUACCAAAUAAAUAUUUGGUGAAGAUGAAUCUGGUUAGUUUGCAGGGUUGCACCAAGUCAUGUUAACUCUAUCUCCAAAUAUCUUGUCCUCUACUCUCUAUCAUAACUGUUGUAAUCCAAGUUCAGGGCCAACCAUCUCUUCUCUGAAUUAUCGUAUUGUCUUCCUCUCUGGUCUAUUUCUUUUCUGUCCUCGUUCCCAAUCCAUAUUCUACUCUACUCCCUAAGUGAUAAUUCUAAAAUGAAAAUAUGGUCAUUGUUUCAGUCAAGGUCCUGGAGGAACCAGAUGGUACACUCAAAUUAGAUAAUGUGUGGAAAAUUUAAUACCAAAGAUUAUUUCAAAAGGCUUGGUAGGGUUUAGGGAAAUCAUGGGCAUAAUGAAAUACCCCCAGACUAGUUGCAAUGAGAUACCCAAUGAGGCAAGGUGAGAAAGCAAUUAUGAAGGAGAGAGGGAGAGAGAGAACUGUGUAGAGAAGACCACCUAACAAGAGUUAUGACUUUCAGCAGACCGACGAAGACAAUCCAGGGUGACUCCAAAAGUAGAGAGCUAGGGGAAUGAACUGCCUAACUUUACUGUUGUCCCUCCCUCUGAUCACCUGCCAUUGGCCAAAGCAAACCAAAAGUCAGAGGGCAAGGUUGCCAACUGAUAUGGUUCAUAGAGUUCAGCCUCCUAGGGCACUAAGCAGAGCGAAGAUGAUCGAGAGUAUAUAUGGAGGGACAAACAGAAGGGAUCCAGUGCACUCAUCCUUUCCAGCUUAAAAUCCUUCAAAGUUUCUCCCUUAAUUAGAGAUAAUUGUACAAAUUCCUUAGCAGAGCACAGGAGGCCCUUCAUGAUCUGAGUCCCUUCACCCAGGUCACCAGUAUCCUCUCCUGUAGCUUCCCUGCCUGCAAACCCUACCAUCCAGCAAUACCAGACUUAUUGUUUCAUACCUCCACAUGUUUGCCUCUGUCAGGGAUGCAAUGCCACACCUGGCAUGACUGGUGAGCUUCUAUUUCUCUUUCAAGAGGAAGCUUCAUUAUCUCACUCUGAGAAGCCUUCCUUGACUCUCCAAGGCAGAGCUGAUCACCUCUAUGUAACCACUGUAUCUCUUGUACGCCUCUGUUGUUGUUCUUCUCUUACUAUAUAAAUUUUUUUCAUCCGUCUCCUCAUAAAUUGUGAGUUCGUAAGAGAAACCGUGUCUGAUUCAUCUAAAACACUGCCUGAUAGAAAGUACUGUUUAAUAAAUAUUUGAUGAAUGAACAGUAGCUUCACUGCUGGCAUUUCUUGUCUGUCCUAUUCUACUCAUGUCCUUUUCUUCUGGCACCACGAUAAGUUACCUCAGAUUACCUCAGCCACAUAAAUGAAUAAAGACAGUCCAAAAAUAGCUAAUUUUAUAAGUAAAAAAUAAACCAUGUGGAAAAUGCAGGCAAUAUAAGUACACAUUAACUGGGAAUUCAGAGUGCUGGUUAAGAGCAUUGGAAGCAAACAAACCUGGAUUACAACCCCAGCCCUGCCACUAGCUGUGUGGCUUUAGCCAAGUUAUGUAGUUUCUCUAAGUCCUCGCCUGAAAAACGGUGGUGAUAAUAGUACCUACCUUGAAGAGAACAUUGAGAUAAUUCAGGGUGUAUGGUACACAGUAAAUUAACUAUUAAUUACUACUAAGACUGGGGACAUUUUCUAUUCUCUGAAUUAAAAGACUUGAAAACUGUGGCCAGGCUCUGUUCCCUGUUGCCUAAUCAGAAAGCAUGGCCUUUGUGUUGCAUGAAUUCUCUGGUAGCACUUACCAGGUAAGAUCACUCUUUUGUCCUUGUGUCCCUGUCUUAGUUACCAGCUGUCAUAACAAAAAAACACCACAAGUACAUGUCUUUAAAGAACAGGAAUGUAUUGUCUCAUGGUUUUGGAGGCUAGAAGUUCAAAUCAGGGCAACAGUUCUAGGGCAGGGUCCUUCCUUAUUAGUAGGUCUGGGCAUUUUUGGUGUUCCUUUACUUGUAGAGGGCUCUCCACAUGCUGGCCUUCCCCUGUGUGUGUCUGUGUGUGUUCUGCUCUUUUUAUAAGACACCACUCACGAGGGACUGGGUUUAGGACCCACUCUACACUGGUAUAACUUCAUUAACAUAACAAAAUAAAACCCCUGUUUCCAGACAGGGUCAUAUUAACAGGUACAGGGGUUAAGAUUACAGCAUAAUUUGGGGGGAAGACAAUUCAAGUCCCUCUCCUGGUAUGAUUAGUUGAUGUGUCUGGGUUUUUAAUGCCAUCAAUCCCCUAGUAAAAGGGGCACCUAAUUCCAAAUCUUCUAAACUAAAGCUGACCAACAGAAGCAACAUGUUUAAGCUAUCUAUAUACCCAAGUUCUUCAGGGCAAAAUUAGAACAGCAAUAUCUUUAGUUCAUAAUAACUUAGGUCUGCAAUGUCGCUAGUUUUUCUAUGUACUGUUUUUUAAAAGAGAAGACAAAGAUUCAGAGAAGUUAAGUAAUUUGCCCUGGUUUACACAAGUAAGAGACGCAAUAGGGGUUCGAUCUCAAACACACGUGACCCUAAAUUCCAGGCUGCCUCAAGAGUUGCCCCAUCUGACAACUCCUCUGUUUACUCCCUUCCACCUCAAGUUGCUUGUUCAUGAUGCCCCAACCUAGACACCGCCUCCUCCAGGAAGCCUUCGUUUCCCUGCUCAUUCCUCCUCUUUCAUGCUGCCUCUAUGCCUUGAAUGUUGUUGUCGUGUGCCUUUGAGUCAAUUCCGACUCAUAGCAACCCCAUAUGACAGAGUAGAACUGCCCCAUAGGGUUUCCUAGGCUGUAAUCUUUAUGGGAGCAGACCGCCACGUCUUUUCUCCUGUGGAGUCACCGGUGAGUUUAAACCACCAACUUUUUGGUUAGCAGUUCACUUAAUCUUUGCACCACCAGGGCUCCUUACACUUUGUACAGACUUGUACUUUCACAUCAUAUGAGCCCAGUUCAGGUAAAGACAACUGUAAAUGAGUCGAUUUUAAAUGGAAAUCAAAUUUUCAUAGCAAGUAAGGGGAAAAAAUUAGGUUUGAUCGAGACUUCAACUUGAGAAAUGAAACCAGAAAUUAUGAAAAUAACUUUGUUUUGCCUUUUAUUUAACAAAUUUUUUAAGGAAUUGCAACUGGGUCCUAAUCACUAGAACAAACAAUGAAUAAAAUGUUGACGUGAAGAUUUUUGCCUAAUUGACAAUUUAUAUGACAGCAACAUAAAACAUGCUCCACCUGAUAAAAUAUUCUUUACUUCACGCUUGACUUUCAAAGCAAGACCGUAAGUUGACCAUUUUGUACAUAUAUUUGAUGCACUCAUUGAUUUUAACAACUACCUCUUUUAAUUCUUUAAUCAUUUUUAAAUAUUUAAAUCAUUGUCUCUUGAAACUCCUGUCACGUCCUCAUCCUUGUCAGUUUUCUCUAUUUCAUUCUUAAAAUUUUACAUGAUUUAACUCUGCCAAACCCUGAUGGCUUAGUGGUUAAGAGCUAAGGCUGCUAACCAAAAGACUGGCAGUUCACAUCCACCUGGCGCUCCUUGAAAACUCUAUGGGGCAGUUCUAUUCUGACCUAUAGGGUCGCUGUGAGUCAGAAUCGAAUUGAUGGCGACGGGUAAACCCUGAUUUGCGGGUGGAUCGCAGUGCUUUAAUAGUACCUUCGUCAGCAUCAUGAAAUACUUAUUUUGCAGGAUUUGCAAUUUCACUUUGCCUUUGGUUUGUAUUGUACAAUCUGCAACAUCAUACAGUCAGAGACAUCCAUGUCAGAGGUAAGAAUGACAUCCAGAGUAGACUCUACUGUUGAGCAGGAAUAUGUGUUUGAGAAAAAAUACAUUUUUAAUGCUCAGUUCAUUCAUUUGUUCAUUCAACAAAUGUUUAUUGAGCAUUUACUAUGUUCCAAGCAAUAUUCUAGUUCAUGGGGGUACAGCAGUGAUAAGAAGAGAUACAGUCCUUGACCUCAUGGAAUUUAUAACCUAGUGUAAGAGGCAAAAACAAUAAAAUAUGAAAUGAAAUGUUGGAUAACGAUAAGUGCCUUUUAAAAAAAAAAGCAUGAUUAACUAUUAAGAAAACAUUCUGCAUCCCACUUUGAAGAGUGGCGUCUGGGGUCUUAAACGCUAGCAAGCAGCCAUCUAAGAUGCAUCAAUUGGUCUCAACCCACCUGGAUCAAAGGAGAAUGAAGAACACCAAGGACACAAGGUGAUUACGAGCCCAAGAGACAAAAAGAGCCACAUGAACCAGCGACUACAUCAUCCUGAGACCAGAAGAACUAGAUGGUGCCGGCUACAACCAAUGACUGCCCUGACAGGGAACACAACAGAGAACCCCUGAGGGAGCAGGAGAGCAGUGGGAUGCAGACCCCAAAUUCUCAUAAGACCAGACUUAAUGGUCUCACUGAGACUAGAAGGACCCUGGUGGUCAUGGCCCCCAGACCUUCUGUUGGUCCAGGACAGGAACAAUUCCCGAAGCCAACUCUUCAGACAUGGAUUGGACUGGAUAAUGGGUUUUGAGAGAGAUGCUGGUAAGGAGUAAGCUUCUUGGACCAGGUGGACACUUGAGACUAUGCUGGCAUCUCCUGCCUGGAGGGGUGAUGAGAGGGUAGAGGGGAUUAGAAGCUGGCGAAAUGGACAUGAAAAGAGAGAGUGGAGGGAGAGAGCAGGCUGUCUCAUUAGGGGGAGAGUAAUUGGGAGUGUGUAGCAAGGUGUAUAUGAGUUUUUGUGUGAGAGACUGACUUGAUUUGCAAACUUCCACUUAAAGCACAAUAAAAAUUAUUAAAAAAAAAAAAAAAAG